UCAUACCUCUUUAUACCCUGGCAAUUUUAUGUUGCCACUCGGGCCCAAUUCACCGGCGCACCGCGAACUUCCGUCCAGCUCAUUGCCUCUGAAUCGUCAAAGUUGACAGUAGUAACGCACAAAGUUUGUGAAGUUUGCUGUCUGUGACAAAAGCGACAGCUGACUCGGCCGAUCACUGACCUCCAUCGAGAUGACUUCACUAACACUGAUCGCUCGUGUGGCGGACGGACUGCCGCUGGCUGCGUCCAUACAGGAGGAUGAACAGUCCGGAAGAGACCUCCAGCAGUACCAGAGCCAGGCCAAGCAGCUGUGCCGUAAACUGAACGCUCAGAGUCCGGAGCGCUGUACCCUGGAGGCCGGGGACAUGAACUUUCACUAUGUAAUAGCACAAGGUAUCUGCUACCUGUUCCUCUGCGAGGCUUCAUUUCCCAAAAAGAUGGCUUUCGCAUACCUAGAAGACCUCCACAGCGAGUUCUAUGACCAGUAUGGAAGAAGAGUUCACACAGUGACCAGGCCGUACUCUUUCAUCGAGUUCGACACAUACAUCCAGAAGACAAAGAAGUCGUACGCUGAUAGCAGGGCCAGGAGGAACAUGGGCAGUAUUAACACAGAGCUACAGGAUGUCCAGAGAAUCAUGGUGGCAAAUAUCGAGGAAGUUCUGCAGAGAGGAGAGGCUCUUUCAGCUCUCGAUACAAAAGCCAGCAAUCUGUCCACAAUGUCGAAGAAGUACCGCAGCGAUGCCAAAUAUCUCAACACCCGCUCCACGUAUGCCAAGGUGGCCGCUGUGGCAGUGUUCUUCAUCACACUCCUCAUCUAUGUGCGUUUCUGGUGGCUCUGAGACUCUCAAAGACUUUGACAUAAGGGAGAAGCUUUUUUUCUCAGCAUUUAAACUGAUCCUGUUGACAUUUCCGUUAUAUAUCAGGGUGCCUUUAAGAGGUCAUAUACAGUCUGUCUCCUACUUUGUCCAGCUUUGACUUACAUUAUGUAUUCAGUAUAAACUGAGCCACUGGUCAGUAAUGGGGCUUUUCUAUGUACAUUAUAAAAGCAAAUGCUUCAUGCUGAGUUCAUGUACCUGUUUACUGGAAUAAUAAGAGCAGGGUGUUGAUAAAUUAGCAUUUACACACUGGUCCAGGGGUUUCUUUAAGAGUUUCAACAUUAAGGAGAAAGAGGUUUUGUAAAAAUUCUUAAUUACUGUGAUAAAAGAAUGUUUAUUGUUCACAAAGUUUACAUUGUAACAAAGUCUUAUUAAAAAUAUUAAAUAUUUA